AAAAAACACAGAAAAUGAGAAACGCAAAAGAAAACCAGCUUUCGACCAACACGACCCAACGACAACUCCAACAAAAGUUUUUCCUUUCGCCUAAAAAGGUCUUCUUUUCACCAUAUUCCUCCACAGCGAAAGUUGAAACGCCCCAACACACAACACAACAAAAUUGGACCUUCUUCCAUCCAUAUCCUCCCAAAAUUCUUCUGUCUCUCUCUGUGCCCUUCAGUUUUCUGUACAAGCAUGGAAACAUAGAUCUCUCUGUCUUUCAUGCCAGACUUCAUCAUGGGGUCCAUGAAGAUUUCUGGGUCCUCCUGUUUUUGCUAAAGGAUGGCUUUUUUUACUGUGAAUCAGACCUCUUUUCAGUAUAAUCUCUCUGUUUAGUCAUAGGCUUUUGAAGUUCAAGUGUGCCAUAGGCUUCUUACGGAGAUGCAAUCUAGUGGGUCCGAAUCCGCGAGCCCGAUUAACCACCGGGUUCAGUUUUUGUCAUCUACGGAUACUAGAGGGAAGCAUAGGAUACAAGCGGAACUGAAACGACUGGAGCAAGAAGCAAGGUUCUUAGAGGAAGAGCUUGAGCAGCUUGAAAAGAUGGGCAAGGCAUCUACCUCAUGCAAAGAAAUGCUGACUACUGUGGAAAAAAGACCUGACCCCUUACUCCCGGUAACAAUUGGCCCUAUAAAUCCCUUAUGGGAUCGAUGGUUUGAAGGCCCCCAAGAUUCUAAAGGUUGCAGAUGCUGGAUUCUCUGAAGAAGAUUGCUGAUUGCAAGUUGCAACCAUUAUAGGCUGUUUGACGUUGGCCUCAACCAGCAGAUUGUGGCAGCUUUACAUUCUUUUUCUUUUUUCUUGUUUUACCUUUUCUUUUUUUUCCCCGGAUUGGCCCGGAAAGUCUGACAGUUUUGAAACGAUAUUGUUUUUGGAUAGUGUUCAUGGAAUGCUUCCUUGUGCAGAUGAUGAUUAAAGCAAACACAUAGUUUUGAUGUUUGAGAGGAAA